AUGGGACGUGAAUCAGAGCAGACAUAUUUUGACACUCUGUGUGAAGAGGAACAAAUAUCUCAAGAAACGCAUGAACAAUUGCAUACAGUGGUCGAAGUACUAAAGGAGCUGGCAAAUGCAACAAAAUCGGAACAGGAACAGAAUGAACUACUGCACUCGCUUUCUAAAGAACAUCGAAAACUCACAGACAUCUGCAUAGAUCUACGUUACGCCAAAUAUCAAGCAAGAGAAGCACAGGUGGCCGCCUCCAAGAGAACCAAAAAAAAUCACAGUAACACAAAGCUGCAAGACACCAAGAGUUUAGCAGAAUAUAUCACCCUGUGUGAAUCUAUUAGUAAAGAUUCGUUAGAGUAUGUGAAUCUCCUCGAGAGGCUAUCCGUAGACCUGGCGAAACAGAUAGAAAUUGCAGAUCCAAAGGUGUCAGAGUUCAUUGUCGACAAUUGGAACCCACCCAAGGGUAUAUACGCGAUCUUGGAGACUCUUGGUGAUCCCACAGUGGAUCCUAAAGAUAUAGCAACACGUAUUAGGGGCUAUUUAGAUCAAAUAAAAAUGGAACGAGCCAAGUACACAAUACAAAACAAAUACUCUCUACAAGAAACAUUGCAUGACCUAACUAAAGAAGUCAAUUCAUGGAGAAAAGAAUGCGAUUCCAUGGAAAAUCUGAUGUUUGGUGAUAGUUCUAAUUCAAUGAAAAAAAUGUUACAAAACGUGGAUUCACUGAAAUUCAGGCUUGAUCGUGAAAAAAAGAAUUGUGCUCAAGACUGA